AUGGGUAGAACAGGAAUUAACAAAAAUAAAAUUCAACCAACGAAUUCAAUCAAUAAUGUAUCAGCAUAUCCAAUAUCCUCACGCUUUAGAACAAAUCUAACAGGAAAAUAUCAUCAUAUCUUUAAACCUGAGAGACACUUUCUUAAAAAGGAUAAUAUGAAUUUUAAUAAAGAUCAAGAAUCUAACGAUGAUCAAGCUCGAAUUCAUAACAAAAACAACGAUAUUAUGGUUUCUCUUGCAGCAAUUCUAAAAAAACGCGAAAAUCAAACUUCCAAAUCAGUUGACAGGGAAUUCGAAAUAAGCAGUAGUACGAUAAUUAGUACCCUUUCAUCUUACAUCGGUAAAGAUGAUGAUAUUUC